GGGAGAGAUCGGAGGCGCCCCGCCCAGUCAGCAAGGUUGCGCGUGCCCCGUGCGACCGCCAAGAUGGUGGUGGGCGCGUUCCCUAUGGCGAAGCUGCUAUACCUGGGCAUUCGGCAGGUCAGCAAGCCGCUUGCUAACCGCAUUAAGGAGGGCGCCCGCCGAAGCGAGUUCUUCAAGACCUAUAUCUGCCUCCCGCCGGCUCAGCUGUACCACUGGGUGGAGAUGCGGACCAAGAUGCGCAUCAUGGGCUUCCGGGGCACAGUCAUCAAGCCGCUGAACGAGGACGCGGCCGCCGAGCUGGGCGCCGAGCUGCUGGGCGAGGCCACCAUCUUCGUCGUGGGCGGCGGCUGCCUGGUGCUGGAGUACUGGCGCCACCAGACGCACCAGCGUCACAAGGAGGAGGAGCAGCGCGCCGCCUGGGACGCGAUGCAGGACGAGGUGGGCCGCCUGGCGCUGGCGCUGGAGGCCCUGCAGGCGCAGAUGCAGGCGGCGCCGGCGCGUAGCGCCCUGGAGGAGCUACAAGAGCAGAUGCGAGAGGUGCGCGCCCAGCUCUGCGCCCGGGACCCGCCGCCCGCGUCCCAGGCCUCGUCCCCGUCCCAGGCGGUAUCCGCGGCCAAGGUACAGGAGUCUGCUCAAGUCUGAACUUGGCCGUGGUUGUGUGUGCCCCGAUGUGGCCUUCUCCCCGUGCUACCCCCGCCUGCGCUGGCCCAGCGGAAGCCACCGGGAUCUUGAUGGAACUUGGAUUCAGUUAGCCUCUCCCCCCGGUACCUUCCGCGGGGGCCAGCCCCCCCGCCGGUGAAGCGGUCCCACGAAGCGCCCUCCAAGCCCCAGCUCCUCGGUACAGACCACAGUGCUCAGCGCUCCACCCCAACCCCACACCACACGGACCUGUGCCGUCCCAGCCAGGAAGACAACAGGCUCACUCUUCUGGCAGGAGGAAAAACGGACUGGACUUGAGCUGAAUCGAGCCGUGAACCCCCUCCAGCCCCCAUUUCCGUGAUAAAUGUUACCCUGCCCUGGGGCUCAUCCUUUUCCCUGGAACCUCGCCCCGCUUCCCUUGUGAAUUGGCACAGACCAUUGUACAGAAAUGCAGUGUCCCAGCAUCUAAGGUGGGCUCUGGCUGGGUUUCACCACUCUCUCUGAGGGGAAAGCUUGAACCACUGGAUGCUGUAUCUUCCCCCUUAACCUGAUCUGUGGCACCCUGCGAGACCCCAAGUGGAAUAUUCCAACAGAUCCCUACCCCCCAGUCCUUCAGUCUGGCACAACCUACUAGGAUGUCUGUGCAGGGUCCUCUCUGGCAGCGCCCUCCCAUCACCCCCUCUGUGGUGGAAAAAUGGAUCCUGCCUAAGGCUAAAUCCAACCUGUCCUUCAGCCUCAUCCCCCCGUUUAGCGGUUCUCCAAGUCCCUGAGCCUUUCCUGACAGGUCCUCCUCCGUGGCCUCUCAGCGCACUGCCACCACAUUCCUUGUGUUCCAUCCAGAUCGGCUGACCUGUGUACCCUUGCCCUUCUCUCCUGGGGCUCUGGGCCGGUCCAUCCGUCCCCCUUCACGCGGUGGUGCCCCCGUGCCUCCAGAGCCCUUGGCCUCACCUCCAUCCCACUAGACUAGGCCACCGGUUGGUCUUAACCGUUCUUAGUUUCCCAGGGCUACCAUAACAUGACCACAAACUUGAGGGCUUAAAACCAGAGAAAAGUGUUCUCUCGCAGUUCUGGAGGCCACAGAUCUAAAAUCAAAGACUCAGCAGGGCCAUGCUCCAUCCGAGGGCCCUGGGGGAAGAUACUUCCUUGCCUCUUCUAACUUCUGGUGACUUCAAGCGUUCCUUGCCUUGUGGCUGCAGAUCUCUCGUCUCUGCCUCCAUCUUCAUGUGGCCUUCUCGUGUCUCUCAUAAAGGCACUUGUCUUUGGAUUUAGGGCCCACCCUAAACCUAGGAUGAUCUCACUUCAGGAUUCUUAACUUAUUUACGGAGUUGUUUUUUUUUU